GGUGAAGAAUGGGUCUGCUUACAAACAGAGUUGAGAGGAAUGAGAUCAAACCAGGAGAUCAUAUUUACACUUACAGAGCUGUUUUCACCUACUCUCACCAUGGUAUCUUUGUUGGUGGAAGCAAGGUGGUUCAUUUUAGACCCGAACGUAACUUAGAUUCAAGCACUGAGACAUCUUCUGAUCUAUAUGAUCCUAUAUCCCCUCAAUCAACUUGUCCAAUAUUUCCUGAUUGUGGCUUCCGGCAGCCAAACAGUGGUGUACAACUCUCAUGCCUGGAUUGCUUCCUGCAAAAUGGAUCUCUCUACUGCUUUGAAUAUGGGGUGACCCCAUCUGUUUUCCUUGCCAAAGUGCGUGGAGGCACAUGCUCCACAGCAGUGUCUGACACUGCUGAAACAGUUAUCAACCGGGCAAUGUAUCUUCUUCAAAAUGGAUUUGGAAAUUAUGACAUAUUCCAGAAUAACUGUGAGGACUUUGCACUGUAUUGCAAAACUGGUCUUCUGAUUAUGGACAAACUGGGGGUUGGAAGAAGCGGUCAGGCUUCUUCUGUGAUUGGUGCCCCCUUGGCUGCUCUGCUUUCUUCUCCGCUAAAGUUGUUGAUGCCAAGUCCUGUAGGUGUGGCAACAGUUACAGCUGGGAUGUACUGUAUGAGCAGGUAUGCAACUGAUAUAGGUGUUCGAAGUGAUGUGAUCAAGGUGGCCGUUGAGGACUUGUCUUUGAACCUAGGCUGGGCAGGGCGUAAUGAAGCAACUGAAGAAAAUGAGGCUUCUAACAGACAACUUGUGGCAUUGUGACGUGAUGUGAAUUUCUUCUUCAAUUGCUCGCACAAUAAAAGUAUUAGCUGAAAUCUUGAUUGAACUCCUAAUGUGGUUGUCUCCCUUUAGUCUGUCUCUGCUCAUAACUUUAUUAUCUUUUCUUACCAUAAAGCAGUUUAAGCUGUGUACUCGAAAGAACAUUAGGUAAGGAUUAAAUGAAGUCAUUAACAUGGUUGCUUGUUAUCAUGCAUAACAAAUUCACAAUCCUUUUGAGUUUAUUUGUUUCUUCCUUUGGCACCAAUGAUGGUCUGUACAGUAUUCUGUUGAAGCCAUUGAUUUGUUCUAGUUCCAAAAUUCAUGGCUUUGACUUAACUAAUUUGAGAAGUAGAAUAAUUAUUAAAUAAAGAUUAACCAUGCGGUGGAUGACAUGAAUGAAAACCAGAUUAGCUAGGAUUACGAGAGCAAUGCUUGAA